CAGCAGAGGUCGCUGUGACGCACCGCAGCAGCACCGUGUACGCGCGCUGCAAAUAACCGCCUCCGAAGGAGCUCAAUGAGAUGGAGACCAAGAAGGCAAGUCGGUGGAAUAUUAGAUUAUUAUGAAGCACUAGAAUAACACGAAAUGUUAUUUGAUCCCCAGCUACUGACGGGUCGCACCUCUCAAGUCCAAUGAGUUAGCAGCAAAGCGUCAUGAGACCUACAUAGUGCGAUCCCUCUAGCGGCUGCGCAGCAACAUGCCUCUGUCAGACUUUCUGGACGGGCUGAAGGACAACCCGUACUUCGGGGCCGGGUUCGGACUGGUUGGGAUCGGAACCGCGUUGGCGGUAGCCAGGAAGGGUGCCCAGGUGGGAAUGAUCUUCUUCCGCAGGAACUACAUGAUCACGCUGGAGGUCCCGAGCAGGGACAAGAGCUACCACUGGCUGCUGAGCUGGAUCACCAAGCACAGCAAGCACACUCAGCACCUGAGCGUGGAAACCUCCUACCUGGCACACGAGAGUGGGCGGGUCCACACCCAGUUUGACUUCCACCCGAGCCCUGGCAACCACAUCAUCUGGUACGGGAGGAAGUGGAUCAGGGUGGAGAGGACCAGAGAGAAGCAGAUGGUGGAUCUGCACACUGGGACCCCGUGGGAGUCCGUGACCUUCACGGCCUUAGGCAGAGACAGACAGAUUUUCUUUAAUAUUCUCCAGGAAGCAAGGGAACUGGCCCUGAAGCAGGAGGAGGGAAGGACCGUGAUGUACACAGCCAUGGGAGGGGACUGGAGGCCCUUUGGGUUUCCGCGGCGACGCAGACCCCUCAGCUCGGUGGUCCUGGAGGAAGGCUUGACUGAUAGGAUCGUAGAGGAUGUGAAGGAAUUCAUCGGGAACCCCAAGUGGUAUACGGACAGAGGCAUACCCUACAGAAGAGGAUAUCUGUUGUAUGGCCCCCCUGGGUGUGGAAAAAGCAGCUUUAUCACGGCUCUGGCAGGAGAGCUGGGCUACAGCAUCUGUCUGAUGAGUCUGAGUGACCAAAGCCUUUCUGAUGACCGCCUGAACCACCUCCUGAGCGUGGCGCCGCAGCAAAGCAUCAUACUGUUGGAGGAUGUGGAUGCGGCCUUCGUCAGCCGAGAGCUGCUGCCCCCAGACAACCCUGUGGCCUACCAGGGAAUGGGGAGACUGACCUUUAGUGGCCUGCUUAAUGCGCUGGAUGGAGUGGCUUCAUCCGAGGCCAGAAUACUUUUCAUGACCACAAACUUCAUUGACAGGUUGGACCCAGCGCUGAUCCGACCCGGCCGCGUUGACUUGAAGCAGUACAUCGGCAACUGCACAGCCCGGCAGCUCACACAGAUGUUCUGCCGGUUCUACCCAGACGAGCCCGCGUCGGAAGGAGAGAGGUUUGCAGAGCGAGCGCUGGCCGUCCACUCGGACAUCAGCGCCGCCCAGGUGCAAGGACACUUUCUGCUGCACAAAACGGACCCUGCAGGAUCCAUAGGCAAUGUGGCACAGAUGAAAUAAGGACUGGACCGCUACGGGUUUGAAGACUUAUUGCUCAUUAAAGAGGAAUGUGAGAAGGACUGUUUUUACAUUUCCAUUUGAAGUAAUGUUUUUAACAAAGACUGAUGAGCAUUGAUGUCAAAGACUGUGUAGGCAGCUUAUGAUGGAUACCAAAUAAAUACAUUUCUGCUGAA